AUGGAAAUUGCUGUGGCUGGUACUCUAAUUGCAUGCGGUGUCGUGUCGCUAGCCAUGGGUGGUGUCAGUGUGCACAAGGCAUACAAGUCAUCCAGAGAACACAACGCAGCGUACAUCAUCCCGCUGUCAGUGCGCGCAAACACAUAUCAUAUCCACACUGACCCGGCUGCACCGAUGCAGAAGGUGAUCAUCUCGGACGAAUGGGAUGUCCCCAUCUACACACUUGAACGAGAAUCUCGUCACGCAAAGCACUGGAGCCUCUUGUGUUUCGAUGACCGAGUCCAGGUGGCGUCUCUUAGCACUGCAUCGUUGGGGUCGAGGUUCUGCAUCCGUGAUGAAACUCGUGACCUCCAGAAGGUGGUGUGCAAGAAACGUCAGUAUGGUCGCUAUUACGAAUUUUCUCUCCGUAAGACCAACAUUCCCCGUCCAUCUAACUCGGACCCUCUGCCGUCAUACGAUGAAUGUGGAGUUCUGAACCCUACGCUGUUUGCCCAGGUUGGUGGUGGUGAGGUUGAUGACUCUGAUUUCGAUCUUGAUACCCCACAGGUCUGGCAGUCACGCAACCCAUUCAACACCCCAUCUGCUGACCCGAUGCGUGCUGCGGCCUACUCUGCCCCAAGCCCUGCGAUAGCAGUUGGAGAGAUCACGGCUCCUUACACAAACUCAGAUCCCAUGUACCAAUGGAACUCGACUACCAAAUUUCUUGAGAAAUGCACCAACCUCGAUGCUGGCAUCCAUGAAACUCGCGAGCGGAUUGCUUUUGUAAACAUGAAGAACCCCAAGCGAUUGCGGUUCGACAUUACCAUUGACGAGACCAAGAUCCACCGGGACAUAGCCAUCAUGACUGCUCUGUCGUGCGUCAUGGGCGCAUGGAAGUCUGAGCGGCCGCCUAAGCCUGUCAAGAGCAGCUCCGAAUUCCCCCCUCUGCAACAGCGACUGAAUAACGUCCAAGAAUAUGUGUCUUCCAAGGUUCGUGGCCAGCCGUCAAUCGCCGAGCAGUUGAGUGAGGAGUCCUCUACAGUCCCUGCUGCCGCGUGA